CACAUGGCCCAUGUGUUCGUGUACGGCACUCUGAAGCGAGGCCAGCCCAACCACAAGGUCAUGCUGGAUGGCACCAAUGGCUGGGCAGCCUUCCGGGGUCGGGGCUGCACGGCAGAGCCCUACCCCUGGGAUUUGCAGAGCGGAGAUAACAUCCAAGGGCUGCUCCACCUCCCCGGCAGAGGCCACUGCGUAGCGAGAUUCUACACGGUGGACGAGCAGAUGCUGCGCUUCCUGGAUGACUUUGAAGGCUGCCCUGACAUGUACCAGCGCACUGCCAUGCAGGUGCGGGUGCUUGAGUGGGAGGGUGGGGGUGGCCCUGGGGACAGUGUGCAGUGCUUCGUGUAUAGCACAGCCACAUAUGCGCCCGAGUGGGUCCACCUCCCCUACCAUGACAGCUAUGACUCAGAGGGGCCACAUGGGCUGCGCUACAACCCCCGGGAAAACAGGUGAGAAGGGCUGGUUGUCGACAAGGAGGACUAAGGAAGUCCCUGUGGGUGCUGGUCACCCGGGCUCAGGCUGUCCCCGAGAGCUAAAACAGACCAGGAUCCUUCUCAGACAUUGGUAAAACUCAAUCUGGGGGAAAAAAAAAAAAAGACUCUCAGUGGUGCCAAUUUUGCAAAUGAUUUGGACAUCCUAAUAACAAGAUUGUACCCCCAAAUCUUUCCUCUAAUGCUGCUUUAUUGCUUCCUACUUAAAGAACACCACAGGCUUGAAGGUACAGGGUGAGAAAAACUUCAGAUUUCCACUAAAUAGCAUAUGUUAUCAUACCUUUCUGCUGCUUUUUGUUUUGCUUUAAUCUGAAGAUGAUAUUUUCAAUGACUGCAAAGACUGUACUGCAGUUGGGUUUCAGUGACACCUAGAAAAAAAUGGCACUAAAAGUUGAUUUAGAAUGGCUCAAUAUGA